GGUGUAAAAGCUGAGUUGAGUAAGUUGAAUGUAUAUUCAGCAACCUCUGGGCAAUUACAAAAGACAACCAACAAGACGAAAUCAACAUCACAGUUUGGAACACUGAUAGUAUGCUUGCCAUAUUCUCACGAAGGGGGCCAACUCUUCGUUUACCAUAAACGCUACAAUUCAGCAUUCGAUUGGUCCCAGCAGGAUGAAGACUCCAACACUAUCCAAUGGACAGCAUUUUACAGCGAUUGCGAAUACGAAAUCGGUCCCGUAAAAUCUGGACACUGUAUUACCCUCACUUACAAUCUUUACCUCUCUGAGCGUGUAGGUGGGCUACUACAACGAAACCCAUCCAUUGACCCAACGUUAUUCCCACUCCAUGGAAAACUGACAGAGCUACUCGAACAACCCGGCUUUCUGUACGAAGGCGGCACAAUAGGCUACGCCUGCACCCACCUCUACUCGCACACGACCCGCUACACCGAACUCCACAUGCCCUACAGCCUCCGCGGCCUCGACACAACCAUCUUCACCGUCUUCUCCUCCCUCGCCCGCACCUUCGACAUCCGCGCUACGGUCCGCCCCCUCCUCAGCACCGAACCCUGGGACGAGCAUCUCCAAUACCGCGAAGAGAACAACGAGGAUGAUGAGUAUUGGGAUCCGCAGGCUGAGCGCGAGGAGCACGCUAUGACGGAUCGUGUUGGCGAGAAAUUUGAGCGAGUGAAGAUUCUGGAUAAGGUUUUGACGGGAGAGGUGGAUCCUUCUUCUGUGAGUUUAACCUUACCCUUUGCGUUUGGUUUUAUGGUAUGUGUGUGUUGA